CUCCCAGAGGACACGGCGGCGGCGGCACCGGCACCCGCUUGGAGGGAGGAGGAGGAGCGGGAAGAGGGCGAGUGAUCUAUCCAGGGAAGGAAGAUGGUGGAGCAAGCGGCGUGGUUCCCUCGUCAGGCAGCGACCGGCCCCGUCAACCCGCAGCAGCGCAGAGAUUCCUCCGGGCCCCGAGCCGCCUCCUGAUAACCGCCCGCCCGGCCAUGCCCCGCUCACGCCGGGGCGACGGAGCCCGCCGGGGCGGCCGAGGAGCCCACCGGAUUGCAAAGAUGGAGUCUCAGGCCAGUGAUGAUGAUGCAGCCAGUGAAGUGCUGAGUCACUACAGCAGUGCCAGUGAGACGACCAGUGUGACUGAAGAAGUGACAGGAGGUGAAGCAGUGGAUGAGCCGCAGCAAGAGGAGGUGGAAGAUAAACUGAAGGAGUGCAUUGACAAUGUGAUGGACAAGAGUGCCAAGACACGGCAGGUUGCUCUGGAGAGCCUGCGGCUGGCCUUCUCCUCCAAGACGCUCUUUGACUUCCUGUUGGAACGCAGGCUCACCGUCACAGACUCCUUAGAGAAGUGCCUGAAGAAAGGUAAAGGGGAGGAGCAGUCCCUUGCUGCUACUGUCCUUACACUACUGUGCCUUCAGAUGGGCUCGGGGCCCGAGGGGGAGGAGGUGUUCCGCAGCCUGAAGCCCCUCCUCACCACCAUCAUCACAGACUCCUCGGCCAGCCCAGUUGCUCGGCAAAGUUGUGCCACUGCUCUUGGGAUGUGCUGCUACAUCGCUGCUGCAGACAUGGAGGACUUGGUUUCCUGUCUUGCCUGCCUAGAAGGCAUCUUUGGCAGUUCCUGCAGCAAGGAUGCCAGCUUGGUGCCCUCUCAUCACAGUCCUGUGCUCCAGACCUUGCAUUGCAAUGCACUCCAGGCAUGGUCGCUGCUCCUCACCAUCUGCCCAAGCACCCAGAUCAAGAAGAUCCUGGACAAUCACUUACCCAAGUUGCCUCUGAUGCUGUCCAGUGAUAACGUCAACCUUCGGAUUGUGGCAGGUGAAACGAUUGCACUGCUCUUUGAACUGGCUCGAGACAUGGAGGAGGAUUUCUUUUAUGAAGACACUGACCUGCUCUGCACAAAACUGAAAGCCCUGGCCACAGACAGCAACAAGUACAGAGCCAAGACUGACCGGCGCAAGCAGCGCUCCAUCUUCCGCGAUGUGCUGCAUUUCAUUGAGAAUGGGGAGUGCCAUGAGGAGACUAUCAAGUUUGGACUGGAGUGUAUGUAUGUGGACAGCUGGGCAAGGAGGAGAACAUACAAUGCCUUCAAAGAGGCUCUUGGCUCUGUCAGGCACCACCUUCAGAACAACGAGCUCCUGCGUGAGAUAUUUGAGCUGGGGCCCCCGCUAGUGCUGGAUGCUGCGGCUAUUAAAGCCAGCAAGAUAUCGCGCUUUGAGAAGCACCUGUACAACUCGGCUGCUUUCAAGGCCCGGACGAAAGCAAGGAGCCGUGUUCGAGAUAAGCGAGCCGAUGUCCUUUGAGGGAGGCUUGUCUCCUGCUCUUGCUGCUGCUGCCGCCUUCCAUACAAGCCAAUGCGCUACAGACCUGGAACACUGUGAACCUUGUGGGUGGAGGGAGAGCCUGUGGCAAAGGAGCCCUGUUGCCUUCGCUCUUUACGAAAGCUGGGCUUGUGCCAUGCCCCCCUCUGCUCCCCCACCAUUGUCUGGGGCUUUUAUAGAUGUACAGAAUAAUAUUUAAAUGUCUCGAAUGUUUGAAUUGUGGCGGGGUGGCAAUGGGCAGGUGCCAUUUUUAUUUUUUUAACCAAAAAAAUCUAAGCGAGGUUGGGUAGUAGGGAGGCUUAUUUUUUCUCCCCACUGCUUUUUUAAGCCAGUGAUCCUUU